CCUUACCAACUUCCGGUUUUAACUAAAUCUUUUCCCCGAGAUGCCAACCUCCGGUGAAACUACGCCGCAACCAGUGGAACGAACUGAUGAGGGCACUUCAACGCAUGUACACAACGAAGAAUCCAAAAUCCCAGUGCCCCCGCCACUUCGAUCAGUGCGCCGAAAGAUGUCAAGCAAGAUAGUAACUCCAACAACAUCGAAGAAAUCUUCUCACCUGAGCAGCCUCUCGAAAACCAAACCAACGCCAUCCGCUCCACCUAAUUUUCCAUGCAACCUGUUCUUCUACGGCACUCUCAUGGACCCAGAAGUACUUCAAUCCAUUAUCGAGCUGCCGAAUUCGCCAUAUAUCUGCCACGGAUCUACAACAGGUUUUACGGUCCGAAUGUGGGGUAUCUAUCCCGCUUUAGUUCCGUCUCAAGAUGGCGCAGUGAGUGGUACGGUCUGGAAUUGUAGGUCUGUUUCGGAGUUCAAGCGCUUGGCAGAGUACGAGACGGAGGCGUAUACGUGGUGUGAGUGCGAUGUAAGGCUGGAAAGUGGGGAGGUGCUAAUGGGGUGUAAGACGUUUUGUUGGGCGGGAGAUGCGAAUAGUAAGGAGCUGGAAGACGGCGCAUUUGAUUUAGAACGUUAUCAAAGGUACUUUAAAGCAUCAACCGUUCGACGAAGGCCUGCUUGGAGUUAG